AUAUUAUAUUAUUGAACAAAAAACUUGCAGUUUAUGAGCACAGUGAUCAACCUGACUCAUAAUCCACAAUCAUGGAUAACUUAGAUGACUCGGAUAACAAUGCCAAGAUUACGGAUUCUGCGUACUCUGCAAGUUGCAGCAACAGUCAGUCUAGAAGUCUGAGUUCCAAGUCAACACAUUCUGGUAGCAAUUCAAGUGGUAGCAGCGGAUAUGGUGAUGGCCAGCCAUCCACAUCUGGUAGCAGUAAACCACCACCCGCAAAAAAGUCUAAAGGAAAGGAUUCUAAGAAAAAGAAGUCUGUACAGACUGAAGACCCUGAGACUCGGGUCGAAAACGAAGCCCUUACAGAGCCUCUACCUGUCCCGGAGCAGCCCAAAGAGGAGGUGACUGAUGUGGAUACUACGCCUUUAGAGAAGGUGACUCAAAAUGAGAAGGAGGUAAAGACUCCAGAUGUUGAACAACUUGACACGACAGAGAGCAAGGAGGAGGUUGUUUCAUGCUGCAUGCCUUUGGGCAAUUCAGCAGUAAAGUCUGAUGGUUUUUCUUGUGUGAUAUCGAUGCAUGAUGGCGUUGUAGUAUACACAACUUCAUCUUUGACUGCUACGCUCGGGUUUCCCAAGAAAAUGUGGAUAGGCCGAUCUUUCAUAGAUUUCAUCCAUGUUAGCGACCGAAACAUAUUUGCGUCGGAAAUCACAAACGGCCUAGCCGUACCCACAACCGUUAAAGUUGAAACACGAGUUGGCCCGAUGUCGACAGUGGUUUGUCGGAUCCGUCGAUACAGAGGGCUUACGUCAGGCUUCGGAGUGAAAGAGCGGAACGUGACGUUUAUGCCGUUCCUCUUGAAGUUGGCUUUCAAGAACGUGAGUGACGAAACGGGUGAUGUAAUCUACUUGGUCGUACAAGCCACUACGCUCCUUUCAGCUUUCAAAGAACCGAAUGAGAUCGUAAUUAGAGCCAAGCCCUUUGUCAUGCGGCAUUCUGCCAACGGCAACCUUGAGUACAUUGACGCAGAGUCUGUACCCUACCUGGGAUACAUACCUCAAGAUAUAAUCGGCACAGAUAUAUUGCAGCUUUACCACCAGAAUGAUCUCGUAUAUUUGACGAAUGUGUACGAGACCAUAGUCAAGAAAGGAGGUUUGGCUAGGUCCAAACCCUAUAGAAUGCAGACUCAAAAUCGGGAUUUUAUCAAAUUGGAAUCGGAGUGGUCGUCCUUUAUUAAUCCGUGGUCGCGAAAACUAGAGUUCGUUAUUGCAAAACACCAUGUUUUAGAGGGACCCUCCAAUCCAGACGUGCUCCAACCGUUUGACACGGAUAUACAACCGAUAGAUAAGAAAAAAAAUCAACACACGUUGCGUGAUAACAUCGUCAAAAUUAUGAAUGAAGUUUUAACCAAGCCAGAUAAAUUGGCGAAACUGCAAAUGAGCAAACGGUGCCAAGACCUUGCCUCAUUUAUGGAAAGGCUUAUGGAGGAUCAACCGACACCUGAUGCCGAAUUACGCCUAGAAAUCAAUGAUCAGGACCUUAGCUAUUAUAAAAGAGAUUCUAUGUUGGGCGGUAUUUCCCCCCACCACGACUGUAAUGACAGCAAGUCCAGCACAGAAACCACACCAAGUUACAAUCAGCUUAACUACAACAAUAAUCUACAAAGAUAUUUUGAAAGCCACCAACCGCUUUCUUUUGAGGAUUACAAUAACGUAUCAGGAGAAUACAAAUUAAGCUUGAAGAAUCCUAAACUGCAUUACUCAUCACCGAACGGCUCAUCGCCCCUUACUCAGUACUGUGGCGACGUGGGAGACCUUACGAAUUCCCGUGAGAGCGGAUCCGCAGUGAGGGGCAGCAGUCCAGUCAGUCCUUUAAGCGACAACCAAACUUUACGGCUCACAGAGUCGCUUCUCAACAUACACAACGCAGAAAUGGAGAAGGAAAUUGUUAAGUUACACCGCGAAACGAGGCCUAGUACCAAAGGAGAGAGGGAGAAGAUUAGCUCGGAGAAACGGCAGAAGAAGAAGGAGCAUCUGGCGCGUUGCAACGCCAGCUAUCAGGACACCACCGUGGUGAUUGCCGAAGAAACGAGCAAGAAUAAGCUGCACGGCGUAAAAAGAACUUCCAAACCAAAGGACUUGGACAAUGGAGACCAGAAACACCACUGUUCCAACUCGAGGCAACUACGUCGGCGGCAUACAACAAGCUCUGCGGAAGUGCAACCCUCCGCUACUAUUACUACAUCAACUGCUACUACGCAAUGGUACAACAACCAAGUUAACAGUACGAACACGUUCUUAUUAGGCGUUGGGAUACCGCAGCCAGUGCCUAUCGUGGACCCCGCGAUACCUCAGCAAGUAAUGGCCAUGCAGGGAAUACCAGUACAAUGCAUGAUGUACGGACAAGCGGUGUACGGAUCACCCAUCGUGUAUUCCGCACUCGGACCGCAAGUGUCGUACCCGGUGCAACAGACGAUGAUGUCACAAAUGCAAUACUCAAACAUUCUCUACGGCCGUAGCCAAAUGAACAAGCCAGAUAUGAAUUCCCUCGCCCAAGGGAAUAACAAAAAACCAGAAACGUCACAAGGAGACUCUAUCCCAGCCCCUGGUUGUAGCGACAAAUCUAAGGCGGUCGCCGUGAAGCCCAGCGAGGAAAUAAUCGACAAAACUGACGGCGAGUCUAGCCACUCCUCGUUCUACUCUUCCUUCUUCAAGACUGAAUCAGGAAGCAUCGAGGAACCCGACCCCAAGAAAGUCAACACAAAACAAACUAAUAACGACACUUUAAAAACCGAAUUCCAGCAAAAAGACGCACCCUUCGAGUCGAGUCCUACUUCUUAUGUCUACGACAGCACCCAAAAGACGAAGACACCUCCUAGAAGAAAAAUGACACCGUCAUGGAUGGAACAGGUUAACGUUACGUCGGAACUUAUCUACAAAUAUCAGGUUAUGACUAAGACAAUGGAUGAAGUAUUGCAAAAUGACAAACAACGAAUAAGCGAAUUUGCUCAGCCAUCUUUAGUCAAUGAGCAACUGGGUCAGUUGUAUAUGGACCUGCAACUGGAAGGCGUGGCCGCUCGACUCACGCUUGAAGAAGGCAUCACUAGUUCGAGCAGCUCUGGGGAGGAGAAUUCUGCCGCUCCAAAAAUGAAGGCUCACCGCCGGAAACGGGAACACAGCAGGAUCGGAAUGAUAUACGAGGAAGAUGCACCAUUACCGCCCCCCGACGCGGACGAAGGAGCAGUGACCGAAGUAUCGACUACUUAGUAGAACGAGAACCAUACUGCUGUCUACACCCUAUCGGAAUACAGCAGUAUCGCCUCGCGUACUGCCGCGUAGUCCUUAUGUUCCUCACUUCGUUGCAGUGAUGGAUUGGUCGACAAAGUCAGAAAGUGCUAUAACAUUAUCACGCUCUGUUCAUGUAACAGUUUGUAUAUAAGUCUCCCAUUUUUGCGCGGCCGUGGUAUAUUUAAUAAGGUUAAGUUACCAAUAGCAGAGUUGGGAGAUGCAACCGUAUCGCCUCAGACACGAGUGUCUUUAGUUUCUUCGCGAGUCGCGAGUUGUUUGAAUGGUCGAAAAAUUGUUAAGCUGUAACUACUUUUCGGUACCUGCCAUU